UCGCGUAGCCGCAACUGCGCAUGCGCGCCUCACGCAAACGGAAUUACAGUGGAAACAACUCCCAUCCGCACCUCGGCUACGCAGUCUACGGCGCGGGCAUUAGUUUUCACUCCCAGCUCCGGGAAUCGCUUCGCGGUCGUUGGCGCCCGAGAGUAAAACCGCGAUGUUUCACAUCAGGUGAUGGCGAUGUGGAGGCUCCGCGUGUACCAUGCCUUGCGGGUCCUGCCAUGUGCUAUACGUGGUUACACGUGCCAGCACAGCAUGCAGGAGGGGCAGCCUCAUGUGCGCAGGAUAUUGGUUGCUGCGACGCUUGGAGCUACAGCUGCUUCACUGUCUACUGCCCUCAUAUGGAAGCAUGUGCGUGUUGAGGCCGAGGGUUCAGUGAAGGAAAAAACUGAGAAAAAUGGAGCGAUUGAGACUUCGGACCAAGAGAGCGAAUCAAGCGAUGCAGAGCAAAAGGAAGAUUGCAAGAAGAAAAAACAGAAGGUUGGCUUCAGGGAUCGCAGGGUGAUCGAGUACGAAAACCGCAUUCGGGCCUUCUCGACGCCAGAUAAAAUUUUCCGCUACUUUGCAACGCUUAAAAUUUACAAUGAGAGCGGCGAGUCGGACGUGUUCAUGACACCUCAGGACUUUGUGCGCUCGAUUACACCCAACGAGAAGCAGCCUGAAAAUCUCGGUUUGGAUCAGUUCAUAGUUAAGCGCUAUGAUGGAAAGGACUUUUGGAAGGCUGGCCAACAACGUUCAAGAAAUAAGAAACUGGCUCACGAACGGGAGAUGUUUGCGGAUGAAGACAGCAUUUUCCAUGUGCUGGGGGAAUGUGGCCUGAUCUCUUUUUCAGACUACAUCUUCCUAACAACUGUUUUGUCCACUCCACAGAGGAAUUUUGAAAUUGCAUUUAAAAUGUUUGACCUCAAUGGGGAUGGAGAGGUGGACCUUGAAGAAUUUGAAAGAGUGCAGAGCAUUGUGCGCUCGCAAACGAGCAUGGGCAUGAGGCACCGCGAUCGCUCCACCACGGGAAACACGCUCAAGUCUGGCUUCAACUCUGCACUGACCACCUUCUUCUUUGGCGAGGAUCUCCACGGGAAGCUCACCAUAGACAAGUUCCUGCAGUUCCAACGCCGUCUCCAACGCGACAUCCUCAAACUGGAAUUUGAGAGACAAGAUCCCGUGGAUGGGCACAUUUCGGAGAGACGAUUUGGAAACAUGCUCUUGGCCUACAGUGGGGUCAAGUCCAAAAAACUCACACACAUGCUCAAGCACGUCAAGAAGGAGUUUAAAGAUGGGCCGGGAAUCACUUUCGAGGAAGUUCAGAACUUCUUCACGUUUCUGAAGAACAUCAAUGAUGUGGACACAGCCUUAACAUUCUACCACAUGGCUGGAGCAUCCAUUGAUAAGUCCACGAUGCAGCAGGUGGCACGGACUGUGGCUAAAGUGGAGUUAUCCGACCACGUGUGCGACGUAGUGUACACCCUCUUCGACUGCGAUGGAAAUGGCGAGCUCAGCAACAAGGAGUUUGUGUCGAUCAUGAAGCAGCGCUUGAUGCGAGGACUGGAGAAACCCAAGGAUAUGGGCUUUACGCGCCUGGUGGAUGCCAUGUGGAAGUGCGCCAAGGAGACCACCUGGGAGUUCCCCAGCAAGAAAACGGCGAAUGUCAAGGAGUGACGUCACAUCUCCAGGAAAUGUUUCUUGCCUGGGCACAAAUUGGUCUUUUCACCUUCGUUUAAUCACUAAGGCUUGAGUAUCCAAAAUCUGUUAUUGUAAGCCUGAGCGUAAUUUUGGAUUGUCUAGUUUGGGAGAUUAUACACGUUUUGGCGCAAUACUCAGAGGAAAUUAUGGUGGUUAAAUAUCUUUAUCGGGUCUUAAUGAAUCUCAAUAUUAACACACCACCCUUGGCCACUGUCUCAGUCGAAGACCAGAUGAGAUGGCAUUCGUGUUGUAUAUUCUGCACAGACAAAGUUUAUUGCAUGCUGCUACUCCAUUCUCUUCACAUUUCCAAUUAAACUUUUGACAUUGUUAAAUUAUUUUUUGGAAGUAACAAAAAAAAGAUUGCAUGCUUUGGCUAAUUUAUAGUCUGCAUGUAAAUUGAAAUAGUUAAUGUCUCGGUUGGAAUCGAUGCAUAAUAAUUAGUCUUCAAAACGUCAUAUUCAUGAAUAUCAUUACCACCUUUUUGUUUCAAAGUAACUGGGAAACAGUGCAGCUGUAUUAUUUAACAAUGACAUUUUCUCGCGUCCAUGUCACAGUUGUAUUUCAAUUUGAAAGUAAUGUACAUGAAAACUAAGAUUGGACAAACUAUCCCGAAACAAUGUACAAUGCUUAAGGUUUUGGAGAAUGCAAUUUAAAGAUCCCUGGGCCACUCUUUGUGUGCCUAAAGAAGCAUAUUAGGUGUGGUUAUUGUGUAUGCAACUAGUGUGCUGCAUGCCGUGUAAGUCCAUAAACAUUUAAUUCAUCUUGCAGCUAAACCUAAAUGCAUGUCGCUCUGUAGUUCUUUCCAGAAGGUUGCCAACAAAUAAAUAAGUUUGCUUGCAUGAGUGUUGUGUUACUUAAGCCAGAGCAAUAUGAUUAACUGUUUGUGUCCAGAUAUCAUGCGAUGUAUAUUUCACUUUUUAAAAGAAUGAAACCUUGGAGGUAUUUUUUUUGUAUACAUAUAUACCGCAUUGGAUUUAUUUGUUUGCAGUACUGAGUGUUUCUGAAUAAACGUGGGUUUUUAAGAUGACA